AUGCUGCUGAAGUCGCUCGGGGUCGCUCUGGCUGGCGUCAUCUCAGUGCUGUACACCCCAGUCAGAGGGAAUACGCUCUUCAUCGACAACACGGAUCCGCGCGUGGUGUACUCCGGUAUCUGGAAUCAGAUUGCCUCCGCUACAGGCCCGGAGGCGAAUAACUACAAUGGCACCCUCGCGCAUACGACCUCGAACGGCGCAUCUGUAACCUUCAAUUUCAAUGGAACGCGCGUUUUGGUCUUUGGCAUGGUAGUCAACACCACGGAACACCCGACUAAAGCCCAAUUCAUUCUGGACCAGCAGUCACCAGAGGACUACGAGGGGCCAGACAACGUUUCCGGCCCGAAAUACCACGUCAAGUUCUGGGAGUCGCCAAGCACUGACCUAUUUGAGCACACCCUUCAAGUGGUGAACAACGGCGAACAGUUCUCGUUCGACUAUUUUGAAAUCGAGGGACCCAAUGGGUUGGCUGAGAGCAACACCUCGUCCGCGUCCGAUGCACCGACGUCCACCGACUCGUCCGUUGACUCGUCCACCGCUUCACCCACCGGCUCUUCCACCGGCAUUGUGGCGCCUCCAUCUCCGUUGUCAUCCCGGACCUCUACAUUCAACCCGAGUUCUUUCUCUUCACCAUCACCGAUAGCCCAGACCUUCUCAUCAACGAUAUCCGGGCCCUCUUCCGGGCCCUCUUCGACUAGGCCCGUCCAUGCCUCCACUCCCUCCAGCACAGAAACUGCCCCUCCAUCGUCUACUUCGUCCUCCUAUCAGGAUAGUACGAUGCGGCCGACUGCAGCGACAUCAGCGCCCUCGGGAACCUCGGCCGCGCGGACGCCGAGAGCGUUCGCGAAAGAGCUUACGGGCGCCCAGAUCGCAGGACUAGCCGUCGGGGCGUUAGCGGUCGGCCAGAUCGUUGUUCUCGCCGCUCUGUGGCAGCGUCGCCGACGCCAGCGCUCGAACAUGAAGAACGCGCCCAGGAGCAGUCCCGAUGACGGGAGUGUUUUGCAACAGAGCGUGCGGUCCUCGUCGUCCCCGCCGCCGGAGUAUAGCAGUAGAGACGGCGUCUCGGACACCAUAGACGUCCGCCGGCCGAACUCAGAUGGUGUAGAGUGGCGCAGAACACGUCAAUCGUCAACAUUCACAUUCGUUUCCGGGGCGGCAACUGCGAGCGCACCCCAGGGCGCUGCCGACGUCGUGCAGUUGACGGGGACGGACGGUGGGAUUUGCCUGGCUGGCGGAAGGCCACGAGACGACGACACGGAUAGGGUCGAUCUAAGCGCCGUCUUGGAUCCUCCAUCUUACCGCAGCAGUUACGGCCCUAGGGAUGUCUGCUUGGACCCGACCGGAGUUUAUGUCAGACCUGAGAUGGUCACGAAGUGGGGUGUGCACGUCGGCGUCGAGGUAUCUGAUAUAUCAUAUAUCCGUGACCCUCGUGUCUUUUACUCCGGUACCUGGCACCACAUUCCAUCCUCCGCAGACCCGCAGGAAAACAAUUACAACGGUACCCUCGCGUAUACGACUGAGGACGGCGCGUUUGCCGCGAUCACUUUCAAUGGGCACCAGAUGAAGGCACACUUCAGCCUCGACCAGCGGCUGCCAGAAUACUACGAGCCGCCGGAUAAUAUCUCCCGUCCACUAUACCGCGUCAAGUUCUGGACGUCGGCAGCCACGGAUCUUUCUCAGCAUGCGCUCCGGGUGGAAAAUAAUGGCGACCAGUUUUGGCUCGAUUACUUCGCCGUCGAGGUACCCAACUCCAAGGUCAAAUCUAACACCUCGUCCACGUCCAUGACCACGCCUGCGUCGUCGAGCUCCGGCUCAUCCACCAGCAUCACGUCGCUUUCUUCCCCUACAUCGUCAUCAAAUUCCAUAAUCCUCUCAGCUUCUUCUCCAUUACCGUCGCCGGCAAACCAGACCACUGCGUUAGCGACAUCCCGGUCCUCUUCAACCGAACCCACCCAUGCCCCCACCCUGUCCAGCGAAACAACGGCUUUUCAAUCUCCCAUGUCGUCCACCUCUCAGGAUAGUGCAAUACUGCCAUCUCCAGUCACAUCGACCACGCAGACCCAGAGAGCGCGCGCAGUAGAGCUCACAGGGGGCGAGAUCGCUGGGCUGGUCGUCGGGGCCUUGGUGGCAGGCCAGAUCGUGGUUCUCAUCGCGGUAUGGCGACAUCGCGGGCGCGGGCGCGCGAAGAGCGGGCGUACGAGCAGCGCCGGCGGCAUCCAGGGCGUAUCAUGGAACGACGCAUGCCGUCCUCAUUAUCUCUGCUGCCAGAAGAUCAUAGGGAUAGAGACAGCGUCUCACGCACGAUGGACUCCCACCAACAGGGCUUAG